AUGGCAUUCGAUAAUGCGUCCGACCCGCCCAAGACGGUCCCCGACGAGCGUGGAGCCGAUUUCGACCCCGAACCUACGAUCCCUCGAGGCUGGUCCGCUUGGUUCGGCGGCCCGGGUGUCAAGAUCGGACCGCGAAUCGCCCCAGUCGUCGCGCCCAUUGGCUCAUCCGGCGGCUCGGAGAGCGACCUGAGCAGCGAUGAGAUCCUCCUCAAGCAAAAAGAGAGCGAGGCCGACUGCGCCAUCCAGUAUCGCACCUGUAGUUGGCAGAAGACGGCCGCAUUGCUAUUCUCCGAAUACAUCUGUUUGGCUAUCAUGAGCUUUCCAUGGUCCUACAGUAUUUUGGGCCUUGUACCUGGACUUAUCCUCACAGCUGUUCAGGCUUUGCUGGUACUCUACACUUCUCUUAUCCUGUGGGAGUUCUGCUUGAGGCAUCCUGAAGUCCGCGAUGUCUGCGACAUUGGUCAAAUGCUUUUCUGGGGCCAGAAAUGGGCAUGGUACUUUACUGCUGUUAUGUUCAUCCUGAACAACACGUUCAUCCAAGGCCUUCAUGUUCUUGUGGGGGCGAAAUAUAUCAACACGAUGGCUGGUGUUGAUCCUUCGGGUGUCAAUUGCCAGACUGUCUCAUUCGGCAUCAUCAUGGCUAUCAUCUCCUGGGUUUGCUCCCUUCCGCGAACAUUCGACAUGCUCUCGAAGCUGGGAACCGCGUCGGCCAUCUUCACCUUCAUCUCCGUUAUUCUUGCCACGAUCUUUGCCGCUAUUCAAUCUCAACCUGCUGGUUUCACCGAAGCGCUCGGUGCACCCAUUGUGACAGCAGUGCCAGUUGCUGGAACUACUUUUGUCUCAGGGCUCAAUGCAUUCUUGAACAUCAGCUACACAUUUAUCGGACAAAUUACCCUACCCAGCUUCAUCGCCGAAAUGAAGGACCCGAGAGAUUUCCCCAAGGCUCUGUGGGCUUGCACCAUUCUCGAGAUUCUAGUCUUUAGCGUUGUGGGCGCAGUAGUCUAUGCUUACGUGGGCAAUCAGUACAUGACUGCUCCAGCGUUUGGCUCGCUCGAGGACUUGUACAAGAAGGUCUCGUUUUCGUUCAUGAUACCCACUCUGAUCUUCCUCGGAGUCCUGUAUGCGUCGGUCUCGGCCCGAUUUAUAUUCUUCCGAAUUUUCCAGAAUUCUCGUCACAAGAAUGAGCACACUUUGGUCGGUUGGGGAAGUUGGGCAUUGAUUUUGCUGGCUACCUGGAUUCUCGCCUAUAUCAUUGCGGAAGUGAUUCCCUUCUUCUCCUCACUCUUGUCCUUGAUGUCGUCACUGUUCGACUCGUUCUUCGGCUUCAUCUUCUGGGGCGUUGCUUAUUUCCGCAUGCGGAAGGCAGACGGCUCUGUCGCACUCGUCAAGGAUCGCUCUAUACGUGGGUGGUUCGAGGGUAUCCUGAAUAUUGUCAUUAUUCUUACUGGAAUAUUCUUCCUAACAGUUGGAACAUAUGCCUCCGUGGAGGGCAUCAUCCUAGAAUUCGAGGCUGGCACAGUUGGAUCUGUAUUCCAGUGCAAAAGUAAUGGCAUCUAG